CACAGGGCAGCCUGCUGCUCUCCCUUCAUUUUAACAGCAAAGAAGUCUGGGCUACAGGCAGAGGGAGAGAGUGGAGUGAGCAGAGGAAAGCAGGAGCAGUGCUAGAAAUUAUUUCAUAAUCACAGGAUUGGACAAGAAAGUCAUGAUGAAGCUGUUUUGCCUGUUGCUGCUGCUAGCUAGUCCAACAGCCGCCAUCCCUCUAGAGUCGUCGGGUAGAGAGAGGUUCCCCACCCUGCCCUCCCAGGCCCUUGCCACAGCACCAAGCCCAACCGAGGAAAAGUCUCGCUUCGCCAUGCUGGAUGACGUUCGUCUACUCGCAAACGGCCUACUUCAGCUCGGCCAGAGCCUACGAGAGUUCGUCCACAAGACCAAGGGCCAAAUCAACGACAUCUUCCAAAAGUUGAACAUUUUCGACCGCUCUUUCUACCAGCUCUCGGUGGUCACGUCCGAGAUCAAGGAGGAGGAGGAAGAGCUGAAGAAGACCACAAAUUUCUUGAAGGCCAACAACGAGGAGAUCAAGAACUUGUCGAUGGAAAUCAACUCUAAGAUCAACGGCAUCCUUCAGGAUCGCACGCAGCUGCAGAGCCAGGUGGGGAACCUGGAGGAGCAGCUGAAGGGACUGUCGCAGAGCAUUUUCCCCGUUGAUCAGCUUAGUGAAAUGACAACGCUCAAGGAAGUGAUCGACUCUCAAGAGAAAACAAUUACCAGUCUGCUGAAAGCUGUGAAAGAGCAGCACGAUCAGCUUGACAACCAGAAAAUCAAGAUUCUAAACCUGGAGGAAAAGCUAAGCGAUGACAGCUUUCAAGAGACAGUCGAUAAGCCAAUGGAUUUAGACCCUGCAGCGCCUGAUAUGUUUGAAUAUCUGACAGGAAACUCAACUGACCUGGACGUGAAUGACCUCCCAGUGGACUGCAGUGAGUUGUUUAACAAAGGAGAGACCAAAAGUGGACUCUAUGUUAUCAAGCCAAACCAAUCCGAGCCAUUCAAUGUUUACUGCGAAAUGGGUUUAGAUGGGGGUUCAACUGUGAUCCAACGCAGGGCAGAUGAUUCAGUGGAUUUUGACAAGACAUGGGAAGAGUAUGAGAAAGGCUUUGGAGAUCUGGAAAAGGACUUCUGGUUGGGCUUGAAGAAGAUCCACAGCUUCACUCAGCAGGGAGUUUACAUCCUGCGUAUUGACUUGGACGACUGGAAGGAUGGGAAGCACUGGGCUGAGUAUCGCUUUUCAUUGGAGGGUUCCUCCAAGGGCUAUACCCUUCACGUGAGCCACUUCUCUGGUGACCUGCCUGAUGCCAUGGCCAACAGAACCAGCAUGAGAUUCUCCACCAAAGACAGAAACAAGGACAACCACCGGAACUCCAACUGCGCUCGCAGUUACACAGGUGGUUGGUGGUUCAACGCUUGCAGAGAGAACAACCUUAAUGGAAGGUAUUCAUGGUUGAGGGCAAAAGGACGCUCUAUGAGACGGAAGGCCAUUUACUGGAAGCCUGGCACAGGGUCCUCAUAUUCCCUCAAGAUGACCAAAAUCACCAUACGACCAGCCCCCGCUGCUGAAAGCUUCAAUUGAACCCCACAAGUCAUACCUUUUUCUUACAACACCACUGACAUUUUCCACAAACAUUGAUCAAAUCCAACACUCAGCCAAAAAGUUCUAUUGAAGUGGAACGUGACAUAACACCGACACAUUCUCAGUUUAUCUGCAUCAUUAAGUUGAUUGCUUGCGUACAGUGUUUUUGUCGAAGGCGGGUGCUGACCAACCAAUAACAGGCCACAAAAUUUCAGAAAUUGCUGACCUGUCACAAUGAUGCAACCGUGCCAUACAGGUCAUUAACCUAUUGGGUAUAAUCAAGCAAGGACGGUAGAAUUGUCAUGUUGCAACAUCUGCAAUCAUUUGCAAAAAUGGAUAUACCCGUUUCAGUGCUGGCUGUGAAAUGCAACAGUACUGCAGUAGGAAAGAAAACUAAGGAGAGAUUACGAAGCAGUUCUAAAAGCUGAGAUUGCUGGGCUGGAACAGAGAACUUAAAUGUAUUUGACAGCUUCUAUGUUGACAAAGCUAUUUGAAAUGAAUAUUAUCUUUGUGAUGUGAAACUGUUUCAUGUUUCCAACAGGUUAUUACGUAAGGCAUGCACAUUAUAUAAGUCAAUGUUCAAGAGAAACACUGCAUCUCCAACAUCUCAAAAGGUGUCCAUUCUAGUGAUUUGGUUUUUCCAAUGAACGUCAUUUUUCUGCAGAUAUUUUACACUGAUUCAUCCCUAGUUUCAUGGAACACAAUCCACAGAGUGGGGACAAUAUCAGCAGUCAAAUACUGUACAAAAUGAGAGAAAGAGAGCUUUGGCAGCACAAUGAUGAGGGUUUUUGCUUUGUUUGUUCUAUUUUUUUUACUCUGUAAAGUAUUUAAACAAUUUCAUGCUAUAUCAUCACUUCUGCUGGUAUUGUUAGAAAAACAUAAUUUCUGUGUAUUUCCAAAUGUAUUGAGUCAUAUUGACUCUUGUCCAUUAUUACAAUAUAGCUGUAGCCUACUGUAAAUGUGCCUCAUACUAACACGCCAUCCUAAUAAGUAGCUAUAAGCUCUAACAAAACAUAUUUAUGAAGUCAAAAUAAAAAUCUUGUCUAAAUGACAAACACGUUGUCAACAGUGUGUUGAUCUAUAACUUUGUAUUGAACUCAAUCAAAUUGAAUAUAACUUUAGUAUUAUAUGUACGAUGAAAUACUGCCAUCACAGUCAGUAAGACAGUAUACUCAUUCAAAAUUUAAAACAAUCGCUAAAACAAUAUAUUACUUAAAAAUGUGGAUGCCUCCAUUUGCAUGCUUCCACAUUGCUAUAAUCUCCAUAAACGUUUUGUGUUUUCCAGGUCAGGACCUGUAUCGUCCUGCUUACGGCUCAUAACCUUCAUCAAGUUUAGUAACUGUUCAGGUUCUCAAUGACGUCAGAGAGUAUAGUCGACAUAUAUAUAUACUCAAAGGAAAAGUACAUCAAAGAACUAGGUUUACGAAGAAAAAAAUAUUGUGAACCCAGACAACUACCUUCGACAUUUAAAUAAGUAAAAGAAUAUUACAAAUGCAAUAAUUAGGAUUUCCUUUCACCUAGUUCUGCUGGCUCUCAACUAGGUCUGGCAUUAGUUUAUCUCCAAUAGGAAGGCACCUGGUUAUUUGCAGACAAACAAGGCCUGUGGUAGCACGGUCAUGUCAGCAGCAACGUCUGGCAGUGGCAACAUCUCUCAAAGUGACCUUUCCAGACACAGCACUUGUUCACAUGGAACAUGGACGCAGUACACUGGCAGUAAACAAAGAGGUGAACAUUAACGAGACACAGUGUCAGACAUCACUGUGCAAAGCUGGAUUUGAUUUCUGCAGCUUUAAGCUGUGUUCAGGCUUUGAUUGAGGUUCACUACAGGGAGUUUGCAUCCGGCUCAUGGAGCAUGUGGCGUUUUGCCUAUUUUCACCUGUAUUCUCUAACAGGCAAUCAAUGUAACUCUCAAUAGAACAACAGCUGCUAGUAGUUAUAUCAAUCUAUAGUCCUUGGAAAAGUAAAUCAUUUCCAAGAAGGCAGUUAACUGUGAAAAUUACAAUUGAAAUUUGACAUUUGUACAGCCAACUGAGCUAUGCCUGAAUGACGGGUAUGAGAGGGCUGUGUUUAAAUACAUUCCAUAUCCA